AGUUGUACCUUGGUAUUGAAGAUGUUAAACUUACAAAUAAAUAUACAAAAAUGGAAUUCAAAAGGAGUAGUAGCAUCGUCCUGCAUCUCUUUCUAUCAUUUCUCAUUCAUACGCAGAUCACAGCCGUUGAUUCACUUAGCCAAACAACUCUUUCAUCUGUUGAUCAAAAACGUCAUCCCUUAACUUUAGAAACAAUAUCUUUUCCUGCGGAUUUCAUGCGAAGACAGCUUGCCGGAGGAGGCGGUAGCAGCGGCGGUGGCGGAGGUGGAGGAUCUCGAGGCGGUAGCUCAGGUGGAAGCAGCGGUGGUGGUGGAGGCGGAUCGAAAGGUGGUAGCUCAGGUGGAAGUAACGGUGGUGGUGGUGGAAGUCGCGGAGGUGGCGGCAGCCGUGGAGGAGGCAGCGGUGGAUCUGGUGGUAACAAGGGUGGAAAGGGUAGAGGGGAUGGUGAUGAUGGUGAUAGUGGGAGCGGGGGUGGUGGCGGUGGCGGUAACGGAAAUGGAGGAAACACUAUACCAUCUACGACUACUACUAUUCAAGGUGGUCGAUUUCCAAGCGGUGGCGCCUGCCUUCAACAUUCUUUAGUCUUAUUCAUCUUCACGAUCAGUUUAGUUGUCCUUAUCCUUAAUUUUUAGUGUUUGUCUCUCUCUUCUUAAUGAUUAUUUAAUUGGUUUGUUUAGGUUAAAAUAGAUUGAAGAUGGUAGUCUCUUAUUUAUUAUUUGGAUUCUUGGAACCAUGAUGAUCGUUAUACUUUAGUUUUUGCAGAUCGUUUGUUAUUUCUAGUUGAGUUGUGUAAAAAUUAUAAAGUGGAUUCGUGUUCUUCAUGUAAUACUUUUGCAUAUGUGAUUUUUAUGUUUAUAUAUAAUAAUACUUAUUAAGUA